UUCCUUUGUAGGGGUUAAUCACCAUGGUAACUCAGUGUUUCUUGGGUGUGGUUUGUUGACUAAGGAAAAUUCAGGCUCGUUUACUUGGUUAUUUAAUGCUUGGCUUACAUGUAUGCAUGGAAAGGCUCCUAAAGGCAUUAUAACAGACCAAUGCCUCGGAAUACGAGCUGGAAUUGAGAAUGUGAUGCCAGAGACACGUCAUAGGUUAUGCAUUUGGCACAUUACGAAAAAGAUUCCAGAAAAAUUCAAAAGACACAAGAGAUAUGAAGAGUUACAAAGUGAUUUAAAUAAUAUUGUUUGGGAGUCUAUUUCAGAAGAUGAUUUUCAAAAUCAAUGGGAAGAUUUUCUGAUUGAAUAUGGUUUAGAAGAUAACAAGUGGCUAUCAGAUAUCUAUGAAGAAAGACAUCGAUGGGUUCCAAUUUUUCUUGACAACUUUUUUUGGGCUGGUAUGAGAUCCACACAACGAAGUGAGAGCAUGCAUUCAUAUUUUGACAAAUUUAUAAAUAACAAGAGCUUGUUGAUUCAAUUUGUCAAACAAUAUGACAAUUGCCUUGGAUGGAAAGAGCAACAAGAAAGGGAGGCUGAUGUUGAAGACUAUAAAUCAAUAAUACCUUGUGCCACUAAUUCCUUAAUAGAGAAGCAAUUUCAAGGUGCCUAUACUAAUGCAAAGUUUAAGGAAGUACAAAAGCAAUUUAGAAAGAAAGCAAAUUGUAUUUUGCACCUUAUGAAAGCAGUUUCUACAUCUAAAGUCUAUUCUAUUUUGGAGGAUGUAUCUACUUCUAAAGAGAGGGUUUAUGAAGUUAACUACAAUGCGGAAACGAAGGAUAUUACAUGCAUGUGUCAAAUGUUUGAAUCAAGAGGCAUAUUAUGCCGUCAUAGCUUGGUUGUCCUAGGGCAUGAACGCGUGAGAGAAAUUCCAAGAAGAUACAUUUUGGACCGUUGGAGCAAACUUGUGAAGCGAAGACAUAGUGAUAUUAAGAGCAGCCAUGAUCCAAGUUUGUUGAAUCCAAAAACAGAGAGGUUUGAUGAUUUAUGCUCCCAUUCGAACAGUGUUGCUCAAUUUGCAUCCCAAACAAAGGAAACAAGUGAUAUCUUACAUCGUUAUCUUGAUAUGGCUAUGGCGGACUGUCAAAAGCAUGUUGCUAACUCAUCAUCUAAUGCCAAUGAGUUAGAUAAUUUGCUUACAUAAGAAGAUGGUGGUAAAGAUGGUGGUAAAGAUGCACUGUCCAUUUUUAUAGGAGGUUGUAUAAUAAGCAUUCAAGAUAUUAAAAGCCCUCCUUAUGUGUUCACUAAGGGUUGUCCAACAAAUAGGUUAGGAUCUGAAAAAGACAAGAUGAUAAAAAAGAAGACCGAGGCAAAGAAGAGGAAAAGUGAGAUAACCGAAAAAGAGGAUAAUCAACAUAUUGGAGAUAUUCAAAGUCUCCCUUUCAACGAACAGCUUCAAGAUGCUAACUACAAUGUUAAUGAGGGAUUUGAAUCUGA